AGGCUCUCUCCUUACAUACUUAACACGCCAACAUGGCAUCCUUACCAACAGUACAUGCAUCCUGCAAGAAUACACAACUGAACCUCCUAGGUAGAAUAUCCAGCUAUUUAUCAACGAGUUUAGUCCCGAAAUUAAGAUACAGACUAUCUAUUAGAGGACGUUCCUUGCGAUUCUGCGAUCAUCCAAGUUGACCGACGACCUGCGAGCGCAACAUUUACUUUACGGCCACAGCCUAUUACUCAACUGUGGAGGACCGCAUCCUUCGAUUUAUUAAGCAAACUUCUCUGCACGCCAGUUACAAGAUGGAGACCUGCCGUACGGACAGUCCGGUUGCUGAUGAGCUUCUUAUCGAGCCAGCUACGUGCAUCGCGCACGAACGUUCGAGUAACCAACGUGCCCAGCCUCCCGCUGCCCUUGCUCGCCGCCCGCUGUGCGACCGCAUCCAAAAUACUAGCUGGGUGGUGGCGCGCACGUUCGGCUUCCAGGCCUUCAACUCCCGCGUCCCGGCCUCCGGCCCCUGCCAGCAGCCUUCCUGUGCGGCCCAAUGGGUUCCCGCCACAGCCCUGCUUGCCGGCGAUCACCUAGAGGCGCUGCUGGUGCGUAACUUCAUGCCCCGCAUACUCAUGGAGGCUGACGGAGGUGGAGGGGACACAGCACCGAGCAGCGGCAACAGCAACGCCGUUAGCGGUGAGGGUGAGGGCUGCAAGGGAGGGCAGCAGAUGAAAGAGGACGCCACUGAAUCCCAGCUGCAGCAGCGUCAAGAGGCGGCGUUCGCGCGAGCCGUGUGGGAGCUACACUCGCAGAUCUUCUUGCCGUAUGAGGGCUCGGCGGGCUGGUGCCGGCAGGUUGGGCUGGCUGCCCGGCCCGCUGCUGUUGCUUCUGAGCUGUUGGGCGCUCAGGGCGGUGCGGAUCCGCGCGUGCUGCACCUGCUGCUGAGCGAGCUGGCGCUGUACUUCCUGAUCUACAGCGAGGCCGCCAACCUGCGCCACACGCCCGAGCUGACGUGGUUCCUGUUCUGGGCCGCUAACAACAGCCCGGCCAUGGAGCGGCUGGUGCGGGAGGGGCUGCAGCCGGAGCAGCAGAUGAACAAUGCGCGGGAGCGGCGUCUGGCCAUGCGAAACACUUUGCAGUCUCAUCUUUGCGCCGUACAGCAGCAUCUGGGCCACGACCCCACCGCCUGCCGCCCCGAGCACAACACCGAGGUCGCCGCCAGCCUUGCCGCCCAGCUGCCCUCGCUCAUCCUCUCCCUCGGCCUCCCCACCAC